UUACUACACGGACCACGCAGCAGCAGACACUUGGCUUCACAUGCACCCAACUCACAACAGCUAGCUAGCGAAACACUUUAUAGUUCCAUCUCAAAGAGAAUCGACAAGAAUACAACAUGCCCAAGAGAAAGCAGGGAGCCGCUGGGGACACCAAGGAGGAGCCCCAGAGGAGAUCCGCCCGGUUAUCAGCGAAACCAGCCCCAGCCAAGACUGACCCCAAGGCCAAGAAGGAGAAACCAGCAAAGAAAGAGAAGGCUGUGAACGACAAGAAGGAGGAGAAGAAAACUAAGAAGGCAGCAGCGAAGGAGAACGCAGACGCCGCUGAGGAGAACCACUCUGAGAACGGAGACGCCAAGACCAACCAGAUGGACGAUGCUCCCGAGGCGGAGAAGGAGGAAGCCAAGUCUGAGUAGCAACACUGCCGACCCCUGACCCCACCCCCCCAGCCUGCCCCAGUGUUCGUGGUCCCCCUCCAAGGCAUAUUGUUAACAGAGGAAUAUUUUUAUCAGUGAUUUUAUAAGUAUACUAUCUACUGUCCGUACAGAUUUUUAGCACAAAGCAAAGCUGAGUGAUACAAUACAGAUCUGCAGUGGUCAUAUCAACAAAGCUGAGUGAUACAAUACAGAUCUGCAGUGGUCAUAUCAACAAAGUGUCUGUAGGCAAGAGGAACACACUAAAAUCUUUUUUAAUUCAACAGCAUUUCAUGAUUGUGUAGGAAGCAAAGCGUGUCCCGUCCCAUAGUGAGUUGUGUUCCUGUGCCCCCCUCCUCCACAGUCUCCUAGGGUUCUACCUUAGUCCUGGUUUAUUAACGGUUCUCCCUGACGUUCCCUUGCUUUGUCUAAAUGUUCCUGU